AUGAUGGAGGAAGUAAUGGCAACAUGGUCAGAUGGGUCAGAAGAUGACCUUGUGAAAGAGCUUUUGGAUGACGGGUCUCCUCUAAUUAUGCUGCCAGAGGAACCUAUUGAAGCCUCCAACAUAAGAGCUUCUUCAAGUGACCAAGUCUUUAAUAGGUUCAUCUCCAACAUUUACUCAGGACCUACCAUAACAGAUAUUGAAAAUGCUUUGUCAGUGACCAACCAAAGAGACCACUUUCAACAACUCUCAUCAAGCAGAGUUUCCAUAUUGGAAAGGGGUUUGAGUAGGAUUGAGAAUAAGUAUACCCUGAAAAUCAAGUGCUUUGGAAAUGGGAUGGGUGAUGAUGGAUAUAAGUGGAGGAAAUAUGGACAGAAAUCCAUUAAGAAUAGCCCAAAUCCUAGGAGUUACUACAGGUGCACCAACCCAAGGUGCAGUGCCAAGAAACAGGUUGAGAGAUCCAAUGAGGACCCUGACACUCUUAUCAUAACCUACGAAGGCCUUCAUUUGCACUUUGCUUACCCGUAUUUCCUCAUGACCCAACCUCAGCAAUCUAAUUCCCAUCAACCAAUCAAAAAGUCCAAGCCCACUUCUUCACAAGACCAAGCCCUAGACCAUAAAGCACGUUAUGUUCACCAAGACCAGCAUACACAAGAAGCCCAUGAAAAUGCUACUCUGGGCGUGAUGUUAUCCACUUCAUUGGACUCUCCACAAGACAUGGCCCAUGAAAAUUUGGGCUCACAAGGAUUGCUUGAAGACAUGGUGCCAUUCAUGGUAAGGAACCCAGCAAGUAAUGUUGAUAGUGCUGUCACAAAAUUUUCAUAUUCUUCGUACCGUUCUCCGCCAACAUCACCUCUGUGGACUUCUAAUUAUUCCACCUCCUGUUUUACUGUUGGCUUAAAUUCCAGCACUUAG